AGGGAACCCCGGCGUCCAGCCCCGCAUGGGUGCCGCGCCGCCCCCGGGGGCCUGAGGCUGCCCGCCCGCCCCGCACGCGGCCCAUGGCGGCCCGCGCUGCCUCCGCCGCACCUGCGGCCGAGGACCAGAGCUGCCAGGGCCAGGGUCAGGGCCAGGGCCAGGCCGGUGUACCCCGCAAGAAGAAGUCCCGGGGCGGUCUGCGCCGCGCCUUCAGCUGGCUUCGGGGCAAGCGGAGAAAGAAGAAGGGGCCGCCGGGUGGGGAGGGCGCCGAGCCGCCCCCCAAGGGCAAAAAGUCCGAGGAAAAGGCCAGGAAGGGCAGAGGCAAGGGCAGAGGCUCAAGCAAAGCAGACAACAAGCAGCCAUCGUCGGAUGACCAUCAGGACAACGUCUUCUUUCCCAGCAGCCGCCCUCCUCACCUGGAGGAGCUGCACUUUCAGGCUCAAGAAGGACUUCGAUCCCUGCAGCACCAAGAAAAACAGAAACAGAACAAGGACUGCUGGGACCAUGGAGACAGUCAGAGCCUCAAGUCAUCCCAGAUGGGCACCGAGGAUGACAACGUUUCCUUCUGCAGCCAAAGCACCGCGUCUACCAUGGAGAGCACAGCCACUGAGGAUGCCCUGUCCGUCCGUUCGGAGAUGAUCCAGCGCAAAGGUUCCACCUUCCGACCGCAUGACUCCUUCCCCUCAAAACCGGGGAAAUCAGGCCGGCGAAGGCGUGAAAGGCGGAGCACCGUGCUGGGGCUCCCACAGCAUGUCCAGAAGGAGCUGGGUCUAAGGAAUGGGCAUGAUGUACCUGGUGUGCCCAGACCUCCUGCUCACCUCACCAAUGGGCAUGGUGCAGCAGAGGGAGUGGUCCACAUCCCCACAGUGGAUGGUCAGCUGGCGGUCCCUGGGAGUGGCGUUCCUGGGGUCCGCGUGUCACUGGUCGCACUAGAAGCAGGGUCUAGGGACGAGGCUGCCUUACAACGCCACAUCGAUCGUGUCUACCGUGAUGACAGCCUUGUUGGCCGAAGGACAGGGGCCCGGUCGUCCCCCCUGGUCCGACCCAAGUCGCUAGCUGUACCGGGAAUGACCGGUGGGGCAGGAUCCCCAGAGCCCCUGAGCCCAGCCAUGUCCAUCUCACCCCAGGCCACCUACCUCUCCAAGAUCAUCCCGAACGCGGUCUUGCCACCAACCGUGGAUGUGGUAGCGCUAAGCCGCUGCAGCCUCCGCACCCUGAGCCGCUGCAGCCUCAUGUCAGCCAGCCCAGCCUCUGUCCGCUCCUUGGGGCGCUUCUCCUCCUCCUCUUCCUACCGACCCCGAAGCCGUCAUGCCUCCUCCUCCAGUGACAACUGGAGCCACUCGCAGUCCACAGAAACAAUUGUGUCCGACGGAUCGACGCUGUCGUCACAAGGGGGCUCGGAAGACCGAGUCGAUGGGCUACCGGCACGCGAGGAGGGGUGUGCCACCGGCCGAGAGAGUCCCCGCAGUACAGCAGGUAGUGGGGUUUCGACGGCCACAGGCAGUGGGCAGGCUUCACCCAGUGUAGCCAGCAGCAGGGCUGAUGGGUCAGACACUGCCAGCAUUCGGAGUGGACACUCGUCAGCCAGGAGCGUGUCUCUGCGGAAGCUUAAACGGGCACCAGCACCUCCCCGCCGGACCUACUCCCUUCACCAGCGGGGCUCAGCUGAUGGUGCCCCCGGGCUGCCCCCCAAGCCAGAGCGAAAGCAGCCACAGCUCCCUGCUGCCAGAGAGCCUGAGGAGACGGCCCCUGGAGCCCAGGUCCCAGCUCCGUCUCCUAGCACCUCCCAGCGCCUAGUGGGCUCCCCUGAGCGUACCCUCUCACCCUCUAGUGGCUAUUCCAGCCAAAGUGGCACCCCUACACUGCCUCCCAAGGGGCUGAUGGUGCCCCCUGCCUCCCCAGGCAAGCCGUCACCGAGGCCUCUAAAGCCCGAGCGAGUAUGCUCCCUGAGGUCCCCUGGGGCCUCCGUGUCUUCCUCACUCACCUCCCUCUGUUCCUCCGUUUCAUCCUGUGACCCAGCUCUUGUAGAUAAGGCUGUCCCUGUGCAGCCUCUGGAUGCUACCUUGCCCCCAACCAAUCCAGCUGACAGGUUUGUCAUUCCCCCUCACCCUAAAGUUCCAGCCCCUUUCUCUCCACCACCCUCAAAACCUAAGACCCCAACUCCAACUGUACCUGUACCUGUACCUGCACCUACACCUACAUCUACACCUACACCUACAUCUACCCCUACACCUACUCCUAGCCCUGUUUCUAAUUCUGCUCCUUCUCCUAUCCAGGGGUCAGUGACCCCAGUGGAAUCUAAUCGGGAAUCUUCUACACCACCCAAGGGGGGAUCUCCUCCCCCUUCACCUCCCCCAUCUUACCACCCACCCCCACCUCCUGCUAAGAAAGUGGAGGCAGUUGCCCAGGCCCCAGCCUCAGCACCCCUGAAUUCUGAUGGGGAGGCCCCCCAGGAUCCCAGCUGGCCCCCUCCCCCUCCCCCUGCCCCAGAGGAACAAGACCUGUCUAUGGCUGAUUUCCCUCCACCAGAUGAGGCCUUCUUCUCAUCUGCUAGGCCAGAGUCCCCAGCUCCAUCCCCCACCCCCGCUGAGCCUCUUGCUCCAGUCCAGGCCCCUCCUGUUCCUCUAGAAUCUCCUCCUCAGUCUGUGGCCAAGCCUGAGGCUCAGACCACGAGCUCCUUCUUGGCCACCGUCUCCUCACGAAGCCAACCCCAGUCUGAGCCCCUGCCUGCACCUGGGUCCCCGCCGAUCCCUCCACCCUUGCCAGCCCCAGGCCUUCAGUCUAGUUCUGGGAAGCCAGCAGAGCCAUUCAGGGAGCCUUUGGGGCGCAGUAAGAGCAUCCCUGUGCCCAAGGAAGAUGCCAGUCUCCCUAUCGUCACGCCCUCCUUGUUGCAGACGGUGCGGCUACGCUCUGUUGCUUCCCCAACUCUGCCGGCCUCCCAGAUCCCAGCUUCCCCUGCCCCUGCCCCUGCCCCACAGAAACCACUGCGGAAGGCACUCUCCGUGCGAAGUGGCCAGGCACCCUGGCCUUCCACUGGGCUUCAUGCUGCCAUGCGCCUCAAGGUCUCCAGCCUGGCCUCCAUCGAAGGCCCCCUUGGUCCUCGACCCAAUGGCCCACCUGAGCCAGAGGCCACGUUACCACGGCCACAGUCCCCUGCCUCCACCGCCAGCUUCAUCUUCUCCAAGGGUGCCAAGAAGCUGCAGCUGGAGCGGCCUGUCUCUCCUGAGGCCCAGGCUGACCUGCAGCGGAACCUGGUGGCAGAGCUUCGGACCUUCUCUGGGCAGCGGGGGCCACAGGCCCAGAGGAAGCCCAGCAAGUCUGCCCCGCCGGUGGCCCGGAAGCCUUCAGUGGGGGUCCCUCCAUCUGGUUCUCCUGGCAUCAAGCAGGCUGAGAGCCGCUCGGCCUCCCCUGCCAAUGGGCAUUCCCACUUUGAGGACAGGACUAAGCGAGAGCUAGCGGAGAAUGGAGGCACUGUGCAGCUGGCGGGCCUGGAGCUGCAGCCUCUGAGUCCUGCUGCCUCAGAAAAACAGAAUGAGCUGGUCUGACCUGAGGGAACAGCGCUCUGGUACUACUGACCCAUCCUAAGAACACAAUCUCUCAGGGACCUGGGCAGGUCGAAGCAUGAGAACAUGGGGAGAACUGGAGAGACGCUUAACUUAAUACAAAGGAAGAAUUCAGCCUUAGCCUCCACGGCCUUUGAUAUUUAUGCAAACCUGGUGAGGGCACCUUUCCUCACCAAGUUAGGCAGUUUUCUUUUGCCUUUUUACAGAAAAAUGGACACUCCCACAGUCACCACAUCUCCAUCUCCAACCUUAUCCUGGCUUAGCUGAGGAAGGACAGAUGAUGGGAAGGGGGAGUGAAGUUUGCUGGUCCCAAAGCCCUGGCCCUAAAGAGGCUAGAGCCUGGUCCAGAGCUCCCUGGGAUUUUUGUUUUUGUUCUUUUCUGUUGAAAAAAUUUUCUCUUCUUUCUCCUGUACCUUACCCUCCCACCCCAUCCAAUUUCUGGGAUAAUUAGUCCUGUAAUCAAGCACAUAAUAAUAGUUUCAAAUCAAAGCACUUUUCAAAGACAGCUGCCCGUCCAUCUUCCAGGGCAGGUGGCUGGCCUUCCAUCCUGCCAGUCACCACCUCACCAGUGGACCUGCCCCUCGUGGCCUGCCUCCUUUCCACAAGGCUCCUGUUUACAUGGCAGUGGUUCUCACUCUCUGGGUCUUUGGCUAGCCUUCUCACACUGGCAUGGGGGUCUGGUGUGCCCCAUUCUUUUGGGUCUUGAGGUUUCAGAAGGGGAACAGGUGGGCAGGGUAGUAGUCCCUGGCCUUUGGAGGCAUGGACAAAGCACAAAUGGGGAGGAGAGGGAUGAACUCCUGUGCCCAUCCUUUUCACAAGCCUCCCUAUUAUUUCCCAACUUGGCUGCUCCCAGCAGGUGCUUCCAUCAAUAGUGGGGGAUAGUGCCAAUGGGACCCUAGGCCAGGACGAAGGGACUUCUCCCCACUCCCUUUCAGGGCAUCAGAAAUUGACCGCCAGAAUGAGUAGGACAAAAGUUGUACUUGGUAGUGGCUCUGGCUUUUCCAGAUGCUGCUCUUCUCGGCUCCUUGAGGCCAAGAUUCCUCGCCGCUCUCUGAGCUGAUGGGCUUUUCUUUCCUUUGCUGGGGAAGGAGAUUUAAGCUAGACACAGGGACUGGUUUUUUGUCUUCACCCCUUUCAGUUCACCCACUCACUACCUAGAGGCUGUGGAGGGCAUAGAGGAGGGAUGUCUUUUGCCACUGUACUUAGCCCUUAUAUGUACUCUCUUCUUUUCCACUUCCUCCUUCCCCCCAUUCUGUGGGAUUUCACCCUUUGGAUCCACCUUGGCACCAUUUAUGCUCAUUCAGGCAAUGGCAGAGGCUGAUUGGGAGGUCAGUCACACAUGCCAGAAACAUCCUUGGACUAUUCUAAAAAUACGAAUACCUCUCUGGGCUUUCCCUUGGUCCAACUGGCCUGGGAUUCACUUUUUUUUUUUUUGGGCAGCCACAAUAGUGGGAGAAUAUGGGAAUGAUCUAUGAUUGCAGCCUCCAAAAGUUAGGAAUGCCCUUCAGCAACCUUAGAUUUCUCUUAAAUAACCUGGUCUAAAUCUCACUGACCACAGAUUUGAUCAAAACCCUCUUGAACCUGUUUUCAGGUUAGUAAAUCUUUCAGAGUAACCUGCUAUUUAGAUAGAUUUGAAACCAUUUCAGAAGUGGCUGGGGAUAUGGCGAGGUAGAGCUGAUUGCACUUUGGACAGGGAGUGGGAAGGGCUUUUCUCUACUGGAGGGAUGGUCCCUGCGACUCUGCCUCACAGAGGCCUUGCUACUACCACCAGACACUAGGUAGCCAUUGGCCACCUCUUUCCUCUCUUCUCCCCCGCCCCCCCCCACCCAGGGCUGUUAUCAUUUGGUCCUGGGUAGUGUUUGCUGAACUUGGCUAGGCUGGGGCCCAAGCCUCUUAAAGGGACGACUGGGGAGCCUGACUCCGUACCAAUGCCCUUCUCUUCCUGUGGGUCAUCUGACACCCAAUCUCACUACUGGCCGUCACAAAGAAUAAAGAGAGAAAUCGAUAACCACUGGACAUACUGUGCCGAACUGUGCCCACAUCCUUGAUAGAAUCGGAUGUGAAAGUAAGCUUGAGGGGCCGUGUCCGAACCACUGAGGUUAGGGAGAGCUUCCUUUUGCCCGUUUGAAACUCACACGCUUGACCCUCCGUGCUUAGUUACUGGAGUCCUGUCCCUUCUUGUGAGGGCGCUUCUGAGAAUGCUCAGCUCUCACCCACCCUGUCCUGGUUGGACAGAGAGCAGGGCAGUGGGGACCAAGAAGGGGGGGAAAGGAAGGGAAGGGGCAAGUCCCUGCCUUAUCCCCUUGGGGAACCAAGCUGGACCUAGCACUGAGACCAAAAGCCUCUGAUUUUUAUUGUUCUAUAGAAAUGUUAGAUAUAGAGAAAUAUAUAUAUUUCUUUAAACAUUGACCUCACUUUGAUUGUUGAAAAAGCCAAAAAAAAAAAAAAGAGAAAAAAAAACACAAACCCACCCCAAUACCCCAGAAGACCUCAGCCCUCAACCUUGAAAAGUCUAAGUGAGAUACAAUGAAAAACUCUGUCUGUUUUGGUUAAAAUAUGUUAAUUAUAUGAUUAAAGCUGAAUUGUUGUU